AUGCCAGAUUCACUGUCAGUCUCAAGCUGGGCAAGCAGUCUCGAGCGAGAUACGGCACCCACUUCUCCAGAGCUAUCCACUAUACUUUCGUUCGAUGGUGACAGAAAGAAGAAACCGACCAAGACUAAACGCAAGCAACUAUGUGCUUGCGACUCCUGCAGAUUGCGUCGGGUCAAAUGUGUCAGAGAGCCCGGCGAAAGCAUCUGUGUGGAAUGUCAGAAGAAGGGUAUUGCGUGCACGAGCAUCUAUGUUUCCAACAAGCUACCAAAGACAGCUCGUGCUGGCAAGCGCAUACAUCAGGCUCGCGUUCUAUAUGGCGAGCAGCGUACAGAUAGCUUCGGUCUGAGCGACUCCGACACGGGCAUCUCUAUGCCUAGCGAAAGCGCCUCGAUGCUAGCCUCUCAUUUGCUUGACGUCUAUUCGAGCACGGUGCACGCACGUUUCCCUUUUGUUGACUUUGCUCGUCUGCACAUGGAGUUCGAAGGCGCCAAUCGCAACGUUGCCGAAAUGGGCGACAGCGAGGCGCUCUGCGUCGUCGUUCAGGCAGUCGCGGCACGCUAUUCAGACUCGGCAAGCAUCAUAGGGGAGGGUCCUCGUCUAUCAUCGCUGUCUGGUCACGAGUCCAUCUCGCUAGCACAAUACGGGCUCGCCCGCGAGACUUUUGUCGACCUCAUGGGCAGUCGCGCGAUGCGAAUCAUCGACAGUAAAGGCACGAUGCACACUCCUUCGAUCGAAAACGUCUGCGCUCUGUUCCUCUUGCAGAACCUGAUUGAGAAUGCACCUACUCCUGGGCGCCGUCACAAAGCGAGGCAUUACUCUGCAGCGCUCAUAGAGAUGCUUCGAGCACUGGCAGAGACCAGCGCAGUCGCAGACAGUAUCUCGACAGCAGAAGGCGAUACGCAGGCAAGGCUCGAGCGUGAAGCUCGUUUCGUCAGCAACGGGCAAGCAUUUUGUCAUGUUCUGUUGCACGACGCGCUUCAGGCCGCGUAUUUUGGCCGUCCCUGUCAACUAUCAAGCAGCGACAUUUCUUUUUUCUGUCCUUGGCUCGUUACCACCGAUCUGGCGCAAGUCCGCGCAGACAUUGCGAACAACGGCAGACCGCCAACAUUGACGUGCGCCGCGACGAUCUUUGGCUCAGUCGCUAUGCUGGCUCGUGCUUUUUGCGAGCAAGUAUCCGGCCCUGUGGCUCGGCGCGAUGGCGGUCUGAAGAUCGAGUUCAUCAGGUCGUUCUACGAAGAAGCCGAUCAAUGCUUCACAUUCUUCGAGAUCUGUCAGCUACGUUGGCGCGAGCUUUACCCGGACUUUCGCGUCGCAUUCGAUACUUGGAUCCGGACUUGCAACUUCUGCCUAGCUGCCCUCGUUGCAGUCACGGACGAGAUGCUCAUUCGUGUCGCUGCCAACCGUCGUGCAUCAGGCGCGUCAGAGUCCGAUCCCGUAACGAUCGAAUUAGACGACCUCAUACUCGAAUCUGCCGCUCGUACUUUCGCCUUCAGUCGAUACGCUGCGAAGGCAUUACAGAACAAUGAUUUUGAUCCUGCUUGCACGCCUCUCGGCGGCGAUGUCUGCAUCUGCCUCGUCCGCUUUGCUCGGCACGUACUCAAGACACCGCUUGCUCACGAAGGAGGCCCAUCUGAUUACACUGCAGCUGAAAGGACUGCUCUGGCCACUCAGUUCCUAGAUGGUCUGAAGAAGCUAGGCUGGCAACGAGGUGAAGCGGGGGAGCACGUCGAAGCUCUGACGGCCGAGAUCGAGGCCAUAGACUUUCCUCAUUACGAAGAGCAUCAGCUCGCUGCGCCUCUGCUCAGCUCUGAUACGCUGCCUGAUCUAUUCUCACUAGAACUCAACCUUGAUGCCAAUCACGGAGAGGCUCAAGAGGAACGUGAUUCGUACUUCCCCAAUAUGCCGUUUCCGAACUUCUCCAGCUUUGCAUAUGACGCAACAUCCGCAGAUUCUCACGACAUAUAUCAGCAGACGGAUCAAGUUUCGCCCGAUCAGCUACCUCGUCUCAGUCUGACGAUACCCAACCUGAUACAAUUCGAUGACAAUGACUCGACGCCGCGCGUUCCGUGGCCUGCUCAGGGUCUCGAGGAUACAUAUCGCUCGCAAGAUGCUCAAGAAACUUACUCUCGCAUUCAAGACUGGACAUCGCUUUGCUCCAUACCGGGCAUGGAGACGAUCGAGCAUCACUCGCCCAUUGAUCAGCUCGAUCUGGACGGCGACUAUUUCGAAAGUUCGCACCCAUACGAUUAUUAG